GGUUGGAGGGAGGAGCGAUGCAAAUAAAGAGCGGCGCUCUGAUAAAGAUGCCCCAGGUUUCAGUGAAAGGAGCACUUGCGACUGUGGGAGACUGAGUGAAUGAGCGAGGGAGCGAGCGAGCGUGAGCGUGCAUGUGAGAGCAGGGACCUGAUUACCAGCCUACAAAAGAUAAACGAUUUCCGUUAAAAUAUCGAGAACAUGGCAUCCAAGUGUCCAAAAUGCGACAAAACAGUGUAUUUUGCUGAGAAGGUGACGUCCCUGGGAAAGGACUGGCACAAGUUCUGCCUGAAGUGUGAGCGCUGUAACAAGACCCUGACAGCAGGGGGCCACGCUGAGCAUGAUGGGAAGCCCUACUGCCACAAACCCUGCUAUGCUGCCCUCUAUGGACCAAAAGGUGUGAACAUCGGGGGUGCUGGCUCCUAUAUCUAUGAGGCCCCUGUCAACAACGCGCCUGCCAGCGUUCCCGUGGAAACCGCCCCUAAACCUGAGGAGAAGAAGGCGUCUGCGCCCCCCAGGGGUCCCGUGAAAGCUGCGAGCAUCACCACCUUCUCCGGGGAGCCCGCCAUGUGCCCCAGAUGCAACAAGAAGGUGUAUUUUGCGGAGAAGGUGACAUCUCUGGGAAAGGACUGGCAUCGUCCGUGUCUGCGCUGUGAGAGGUGCAGCAAGACCCUGGCUCCAGGCAGCCACGCUGAGCAUGACGGACAGCCUUACUGCCACAAGCCGUGCUAUGCUGUUCUCUUCGGGCCCAAAGGGGUGAACACAGGAGGUGUCGGGAGCUACAUCUAUGACAAGGAGCCCAGCACCGAAACCCAGCCCUGAAUCUGUGUCCACCUGCACCCCAGCCCCUCCCCCCACCACCUCCCCCCCAGGCUUAGAUAACUACGACUCAGUCUCCGACACCCCUGACUGCACUGGCCCCUAGCCCUCAGUAACACCGCUCCCACUGACUCCCCGUCUGCCUGAGAGUGUGCGUGAGCCUAUCUGCACUACAGUUCUCAGAAUAUUGACAAAUGAACAUGCAUCAACACCAAGACAUGGAGGCCCCCUCUCACAAUAUAUGUGUAAAUAUUCAAGAGUAUGUUUAUACAUCUUUUAUAUAGGUUGCUGCUCAUUUUGAUCUGAUCACCGUAUCUACACUGAUCUACUCUGCUGAUCACUGUAUGGCUAGAUACAGUUAAAUUUUUUUCCCAGAUUGUUCAGCAUCUCAAAUGUGAUACUUUACACUGAGAGUGUGUACUGGGACUAUAAACUUAAUAUCUGGACAGAUCAAAUUAUUUUUGGGAACACGACCCCAGACAGUCAGAUCAAAGUAUCACAGGGCCAUUGUUUUUAAACGCCUCUGAGUCCGUGCUGACAGAUAGAUGAAUCUCACAUAGGAAAGUAGAACCCAGGUGCUCUGUUGAACCAUUGCCAUAAAUCUGUGUGAGAUUUUAAAGACACAGAUUUAUGGGUUGGCUCCUUGACAACAUUCUUACUGAUAAAGUAGAUGAUAGAAAAAUAUUUUCGCUCCAGUCAGAAAUGCCCGGCUGAUUUUUACAGUCAGUAAAGGAAAUGGUGCGUGGCUGAAGCUUUUCUUUGGGAGGGGAGGCUUGUAGUGUGCACUCUUGAGGUUGACAGGGUAGACUAACAGGGGCAGGAGGGCCAGUAAGUGGUAUACAGGGGAGAGAAGUUAAAAUAUUUAUUGAUUUAUUAUUUUUUUUACCAGAAAGUAUACACAAAACAAACAUUUUACCAAGCUGGAGGAAGAGUGGAUUUUUAAACAUUAUUUGCCCUUUUUGGAAGAAAUAUUUCUACACAAUGAAACUCUCAAUUGUCUGACUUGACGACUAGAAAGCUAUUCCUGUAGUUUUCUUGAAAUGGUAAUGAACAAAUUGAAGUGUUAGCUUUCCCAAUAGGAUGUAGACUAUAGAAACCUGCAACUUAGACACAAUAGGUGACAUUCUGGAAGAAUAUGCACCAGUAUUAUAUUGCUGUUACUAUGAUUUUGGUCAUGUUUUGUGUAGUAUUGCAUUGAGCACUUAAGGACUGUCAGGAAAUGUGCACUGAAGUCCUACGGCUUCUCUCUUUGUAAUCCUUAUUAAAGUUUACAUGCUGUU